AUGUCACCAAUAAUUAAAUGCCCCUGGAAGCUCAAGAAUUGCUUAAAUUUGGAUAUGUGCUGAUGAAUUGGCAUUAGUGAAUGGUUAUAGAAGAAGAGGAGGAUGGUAGCAUUAUGUGGCGGCACAUUAAAUGGUCUCUCCUUCUUCCCCUUUCUCUCCGACCCAGCUCGGAGAUCAACAUUUUGCUUGAAAUUAGCGUUGGUGAUGACGCACCUGACAUUUGUGGGUGUUCUAUUUGGCUUUGACAAAGAGUUAAUUCACAAAACCAUACAAGACCUCUGGUACACGACAGUGUAUUUGCUGCUGCUCGUUGCUACACUGGCUCAAUACUUCAUCACCUCUGGUUCUUCUCCUGGCUAUGUUCUUGAUGCAAUGAGGGCUAUCAAUGAGAUAGAUGCAUCACGUAAUAGGGCAUCCUCUACCAAAGACCAACCUGCUUCAAGCAAAAACAGCAGUGUAGUUAUUACGAUCGACAGAAACCAGUUAGAAAAGAGUCUUCUAGGGAGUGGUACAACUUCUUGGGCAAAGCUAGUGAUGGAUAUGUAUUCUCCAGGAACAUCUGUUAGAAGUGUGAAUUGCACUUACUGUAAUAUAAUGCAGCCUCCACGAGCUAAGCACUGUUAUGAUUGUGACAAAUGCGUUCUCCAGUUUGAUCAUCACUGUGUUUGGCUUGGCACAUGCAUAGGAAAGGGUAACCAUUGCCGGUUCUGGUGGUAUAUUUUCUCGGAAACAGCUUUGUCCCUCUGGACUGGCACUUUAUAUAUUCAAUACCUGAAGUCUCACGUAUCAAAGCCAUGGUGGUCAUAUGCAAUUGUGAUCUUGCUGUUAGCUGUUUUAUCUAUUUGCCUCUUCUUUCUCCUCCUCCUCCUCCUAUUCCAUAGCUAUCUUAUUUUGACAAAUCAGACCACCUAUGAGCUUCUUAGACGACGGCGCAUCCCCUAUUUGAGGAACACUCCGGAAAGAGUCUUUCCAUUUAGUAAAGGAGUAUGCAGAAAUUCUUACGAGUUCUGCUGUGCGCGGAGCAGUAUGUACAGGAUGGAACCACUGCCAACAGCACAAGAACUUGAAGAGAAGUCGAGACCCUAUACAUGCUCUGAUAUUUUAUCUUGUCGGUGUUGCUGUUGAUCACGUGUGCUGUAUCUGUGAAUUGUGAUUGACAUCAAAAUUUCCCCCUGAUUGUACCAGUGUGAAAAAUCUUCGUCAACCAGUUGUUUGUGGUAUUGGUAUCAACAUCAUUGAAUGGUAAUGAUAUGUACAAUAUUUCACAUUUCUUUAUGGAAUUCAAGAUAUCUUCUCAUUCUUUUCAAAA